AAAUGGUUUUUUGUACAAAUUACUCAAUAUUGUUGUGUGGAACCACUUGACACUUAUUUUUUUAAGUAAAUCCAACAAUUCAUUUUUUGAGUGCAGGGCUAAGAUUAUCACAAAUAAACACAAGAUUUUGACGCAUAUCCAAGGGUUUGUGUGGAGUUUACACUGCAUGGCAGGGAGGCGCGGACGCGAACACUUGCAUUUUCCUAUCAACAGUGGAAAAAACUUUUUAAAUAGGCUACUCUAUCAUUUCUGGUCAUAAAGAAAAUAAUAAUACAUUAUUUGCAACUACUUUUAUUUGUGUAAACUCAACAAGAAAACGUUGUGCUUUUAUAAAAUAAAAUAACAAUCAGGCGCGGUUUCAUGAUCUCCGUGAACUGAAGCGCGAGAACUGAAACAAAAUAGCCUAUGUAGGCUAAAGCUUGAAAUGUCCACUUUAAAACAAACAAAUUCGAAUCGAAAUGUAAUACCUUCUGAUUACGUAAUCCGUAUUUUUCUCUAAAGGCGCAUCCGCUUAACAGCGGAGAUGGAGAUAUGUUUUUAGCCGACCCUGAUUUAGAAAACAAUAGUUUAUUAAUAAACAAUUAAAUUAAAAUGCCUCGUUAUUUUUUCAGACACAUUUAUUAUCAUUAGCCUAUAACUAUAAAUCCCCUUUCUGUAGGCUGUGGUUCCAGAGACAUAUAGCCUAUGGCUCUUCUCAUUCAGCACUGCGGUAAAAAUAUCAUUUCCAGGUUAUAAUUUGGCCUUAGAACACCAGUAAAAUAUUAAAUUUUUUCCAUAAUAAUUUGUGAAUAUUUUAAAUGUUUAAUAAAGGGGCAAAAAGCCAUAAAAAUCUGGAAAAUCGUCGACAGGCUAUUUAUUUUUUUGCGCAGCAUUCGGUGUAGCCUAGUUCAAUUUAAAAUGGUGUUCAACUUUGCGUUUUAAAAAUAGGCCUACAACAACCGUGAAUUUGUUGACUAAAUUUAAGAAUCUGACAUAAGAGGACAGAUAGCUAUAACAAUGAAUUUAAAAAUGGUUUUCUCUUUCUCUUGGUUUUGAUCUCUCAACCAAGUGAGCACAUCCUGCAUUAUAUUGUAUUAUAAUGACGAUGUAAUAGGCCUAUUAGCUACCGUUAUACUUUGACUAAAGGCAUGUUGCAUAUUACUUGUUCUAGGAACCUCAAAGCAUAUUUAAAUUUUUGUGUAAUUUGUGCUUCUCCAUACAUCAUACAUCUAUGAUGUUUGUAGCAUAAGUAGGGCCCAAACAUAAACUCAAGCCCCCAGCCCCCUAAGUCCUGCCCCCUAAAUCCGAUAUGUGCAUACAGGCCUUAAAUAACAAAUAGACAUUAUAAAAAAAGAUAUUAUUCAUAAGAAUUAAAGUUAAUAAAAACAUCUAAAACAAAGAAUAAAUGUAUUACUUAAAUUUGUAUGACAACUGUCAAUGCGUGAACAUGUUUACAUUUAGGCUAUUUCAAUAGAUUUUUUCAGUCAGUAAAGCCAAAUAAUUGGGUGACAAAUAGCAUGCAUAUAGACUUAAUUUUACAGGCUAAAAAAUACAGUGUUGGGAAAACUCUUAUUUUGAAAAACAAUGACCAAUCAGAUUUAGCACCACCCACAGGACCCAAUCGGAAUAUCAAGUGUUUUUUCUGAUUUCGGUGCAAGAACGGAAAACCAAAAAUCAAGUCAUAAUUUCGUUUUUUCGUUUUUCUAAAAAACGAAAAAACAAAAAAAGUUGUUUUCUCGUUUUUUUUCGUUUUCCUAUAUGAAACCAAAAACAAAUGAACGAACGAUACCUGGACCCUCAUAAUAUUGAAAAUGCUGUAACUAAUUUUUAUCAGAAAAGCAAGCUUACUGUAUGAGGGAUUUUGGCAUGGCAGUAAAAAAGAGCGCUCCCUUUAUAAUCAAUAAAAAGCUGUCAUCAUCAUGAUCUCACAAAGUUCUGUUAUAAUCAAUGAAUCUCUUAUUUACAGAACUGUUUGUUAUAAGGAGAGGAUUUUUGAGUGUUUUUGUUCAGUCCUAACUCAAACACCUCUGAUUGGCUGUUACAUUUUGAAGAAAUCAAAAUAUGUUUGUGAUUGGCUACAUUGCUCAAUGCUGCAAAACACGUUGUAAAUAGAAACCUUUGACGUUCUCCAGCGCGCAAACACAGAUAUGCUCUGGAUCAUUUGCCAAAUCUGUUUCACCAGUAUGUUAUUAUUACAGAGAAAACUGAUCCUAGACCAGCAGUUAUGGGCAGAUUUUCCCUCUGAAUCAAUCAGAAGCAGCAGCAGUGUCUGUCUCUGUCACUUCUUCCAUCUGAUCAUGACUGUAAGGUUUCGCUCCUCUGUUCCUGUUAGGUCACUGAUGGUCAGUGAUGUCUCUGCUGGUGUUCUCCGUGCCUCUGCUCCUGGUUGUGGCCGUGAUGAAGGCUCUUUCCCGCUCACCGCUGUCGGCCCUGUGCCGUCAGGUGUAUUCUGGCAUACUGAAGCUUUCGCACAGGAAGGUCUGUGUCAGCUCCACUCACGCCUUUGUCUUCUCCAACUGCACCCACGGACAGGCUCAGAGUGUUCUGCUGACCUUUGACCUGUAUUCCACCACACACGCCUCCUCCAACAUCGGCCCUCAGAAAGGAGCGUUUCUGGAUGAGAUCGUGGCGCGUGAAGCUCCGCUGAGGGUCUUGGAGUUGGGGACACACUGUGGCUACGCUUCAGUCAGGAUUCUGCGUCUGCUCCCUCCGUCUGGAAAACUGCUGACUGUAGAGCUGGAUCCUCUGACAGCAGAUCGAGGGGAGGAGAUCAUACUAGUGGCAGGCUUCAAAAACCAGCAGUUUCAGGUGCUGACAUGCUCCUCGGCUGAGGCCAUCUCUUCUUUACGCUCUCACACUGGGAAUGAUGGUCUGGAUCUGGUUCUAAUGGAUCAUGACCCUGAGCUUUACCUUCAAGACCUGCUGGCCUUACAGAGAGGGAAUCUGCUCUCUUCCUCCUGUGUUGUGUUGAUCAACAGAGCUCUGACGCCUGGAGCUCGAGACCUUCUGGAGCACGUGACAGCCAGACCGCAGAGCUUCAGCGUGGGCAGACAACUCCAUGGACUGAUGGAGAUACGCUGCCAUACAGGAAUGAGUCCUAAACCCCAGAACUGAGUUCACAUUAUAGCACUUCUGGUUCCAUCGACACAAAGUCAGUGGGUUUUUGGUUAAAUCCCUGAAAUAAUGUGUGGUUAACACAAGUUCAAGAUAUUUUCAGGUUUUAAUCUACGUUAAACAUGUCAAACAGGAAAACUCUACUCAUUUACAUUCAUAUGCUUGUUUAAUUUUGUCUUCAGAUAAGAUCUUGCAGUUGUCUUUACUUUAUUAGUAUGGUGUUUACUGAGGUUAGUCUUUAAAUAUCACUUCGUACAUUAAGCCACGUUAAGAGCUUUUUCAUGUUAAGUGUUUUAGAAAGUCACAUUCCACCUGUACGAAACACAUUUACACAUUAAAGUUCCCGUUCUUCGUGAUCCCAUGUUUCAAACUUUAGUUA